GGGCCAUUUAGCAACACUGCCGUCGAGGUGUCAGCAGAGUCUACGUGGAACUCGUGCUAGAAGGAGGUGCGUGUCGCCCUCUCCUUCCCUCGCCCUCCACCCAGCGAGCACCAUACUCCUGCAGAAUGUACGGAUACCAACCACAAGCAGGGGGGGGACAGCAGUUCCAGCAACCAGGCGCUGGACAGCAGUACCAACCACAGGCUGGUGGUCAGCAGCAGUACCAGCCACCUGCUGGGGGGCAGCAGCAGUAUGGCUACCAACCACAGCAGCAGCAGCCACAACAACAGCAGCCACAACAACAGCAGUUUGGACAGCAAUACACACAGGAUCAGUAUGGUGGUGGUCAACAACAACAACAGCAGUAUGGACAGCAAUUUCAGCAGGACCAGUAUGGUGGCCAGCAGCAGCAACAGCAACAGCAACAGCAACAGCAACAGGGGUCUUACCAAGAGUUCAUUGAAGCACAAGAAAAUAAAGAGGGUGUCCGUUUCUCUUGGAAUGUGUGGCCAUCUAAUCGCAUUGAGGCAACCCGCAUGGUUGUCCCAGUGGCAGCCACCUACACACCCCUCAAGAAAAGAGACGACCUUCCACCCAUCUGCUACGAGCCUCUCAAGUGUACACAAAUGCAGUGCGGAGCCAUCCUCAACCCCCUUUGUCAGGUUGAUUUUCGGGCCAAGAUAUGGGUGUGCUGCUUCUGCUACCAACGUAACCCCUUCCCGACCUCAUAUGCAUCCAUCAGUGAGCAGAGUCAGCCAGCAGAGCUCUUCUCUGCUUACUCUACUAUUGAAUACACACUGAUGAGGCAACAAAAUCUGCCCCCAAUCUUCCUCUUCGUAAUGGAUACUUGUGUGGAUGAAGAAGAGCUCGGUGCCCUGCGAGAGUCCAUCACAAUGUCUCUGUCGUUGAUGCCUGCCAACGCCCUUGUGGGACUAAUAACUUUUGGCAGGCAUAUUCAUGUGCAUGUGUUGGCGAAGGAGGUGAUGAGGAAACAGUACGUAUUCCCUGGUGCAAAGGACCAAACAGCCAAGACUGUGCAGGAGUACCUUGGGGUGGGCCUUAGAACCACAGCACAAGCCCAGCAGAUGCCUGGCCAAGCUGCUCCAGCCCCUCAGCCUGGCCAGAUGAACAACCGGUUCCUGCAGCCUGUACAGGAAUGCGAGAUCAUGCUACAGGACAUCUUGGCUGACCUGCGUCGUGAUCCCUGGCCUGUUAUGACUGGCAAGCGUCCUCUAAGGGCCACUGGGGCAGCACUCUCCAUUGCUAUUGGUUUGCUUGAGGCCUGCUACCCCAACACUGGUGCCCGCAUCCUCACUUUCCUUGGUGGAGCAUGUUCUUACGGGCCAGGGAUGGUGGUGGAUGAUGACCUCCGCAAACCCAUCCGCUCCCACCACGACAUUGACAAGGAUAACUGUCAGUACAUGAAGAAAGCCAUAAAAUUCUAUGAGGGUUUGGCUAAGAGAGUGUCAGAGAAUGGCCACAUUGUGGACCUGUAUGCUUGUGCCCUGGACCAGGUGGGCCUCCACGAAAUGAAAUAUUGUUCCAACUUCACUGGUGGUCACAUGAUACUUGGAGACUCCUUCAACUCCUCCCUCUUCCGCUCAACAUUCCAGCGUGUCUUCGCCAGAGAUGAGAAGGGCAAUCUAGAAAUGGCAUUCAAUGCCACAUUGGAAGUAAAAACCUCCAGAGAAUUAAAAAUUGCCGGAGCUCUGGGUCCAUGUGUGUCAGCCAAUGAGAAAGGUCCCAAUGUGGCUGAAAUGGAGAUUGGCAUUGGGAACACAACAAAGUGGAAACUCUGUGGACUCACUACCAACACUACCAUGUCCAUCUUCUUUGAAGUUGCCAACCAGCAAGGGACUGAUGUGCCUGGAGGCCGUGGUCAUGUGCAGUUCAUCACACGCUACCAGCACCCUUCUGGACAGACCAGGAUCAGAGUCACAACUGUUGCCAGAAACUGGGCAGAUCCACAGACAGGGCAGCACUCCAUAGCCCUUGGGUUUGAUCAAGAAGCAGCUGCUGUUUUGAUGGCCCGCCUGGCAGUCCAUCGUUCAGAAACGGAUCAGGAUGGAACAGAUGUUUUACGCUGGGUGGACCGCAUGCUCAUCCGUCUGUGUCAAAAGUUUGGAGAGUUUACACCCAAUGAUCCAAACAGCUACAGGUUCCAGGACAACUUUACCAUGUACCCACAGUUCAUGUUUCAUCUGCGCCGGUCACAGUUCUUGCAGGUUUUCAACAACUCUCCUGAUGAAACUUCAUUCUAUAGAUACAUGCUGAACCGGGAGGUCGUGGGCGAGUGCCUGACCAUGAUCCAGCCAGUGCUCUACAGCUACUCCUUUAACGGCCUGGAGGCAGUCAUGCUGGACACCUCCUCCAUCCAACCAGACCGCAUACUGCUGUUGGACACAUUCUUUUUGGUGCUUAUCUUCCUUGGAGAGACUAUGGCAGCAUGGAAGAAGCAAGGCUACCAAGAGCAAGAAGAGUAUGCCACCUUCAAAGACCUCCUGCAGGCUCCUGUGGAUGAUGCACAGGACAUCAUUGCCAACAGGUUUCCAAUUCCUCGUUAUGUGGAGACCGAACAAGGUGGCUCACAGGCCCGAUUUCUUCUCUCAAAAGUAAACCCGUCACAGACCCACAACAAUGCCAUGUAUGGAGGGUCAGCCAUCCCAGACCCCAAUUCAACGGACGGUGGUGCACCAGUGCUCACAGACGAUGUCAGUCUACAAGUCUUCAUGGAGCAUCUUAAGAAACUUGCGGUCACCACCAGCGCCUGAAGCAUAUUCCAUUGUACAGUUAUAUGUUUUGAAUAUAUUAUUACAUAAACUAUUCACUAAUUUAGGUAAUUGUUUAGUUGGAGGUUUUCUUGAAAAUAGAUUGUAACAUUUUAAAUUUUCCCUAUCAUAAAGCCAUUGUGGUAUGGUAGUAAAGGAUUUGAGAAAAAACAAACAAACUGUCAGAUAUAUUAAAAUUAAGUAAAGUAUAUUUCACUUUUUCA